AUCCAUUGAUCCAGCUUUGACCUUAGGAGGGCGCGCAAUACCGCCUUAUCCACUCAUUCUAGCUGCUACGCUGCUACAUGCUAUGGAUCGAUUAAGCGGCUCUGGGACACAAAGUGGGGUAGACUGACGAGUUCGGCCCGUUUGGCGGUUGGACAGUUUGGCCAGUUUGGCUUUCAUUUCUAAACCAGCUCAGCUUUCUGCACAAGUAGUUCGCUGUCAGAGCGUCCAGCUGUUAUCGGCAGUCAGUGUGGUGCCCUCGUACCAGACAGAGCAUGUAACCUACGGUCAGAAAGAGACGGUGUCGCGAUGGUGCCAUCACGAAUCUUCGCGCACUAGGGCCAUCCAAGUGACCUCGACAACGGAGCUGCCGCGCGACAGUGCCAGCCGUGCCCGCGGCUAACCGCAUGGCCAGGUCGACGACGGCGGCUCCCGACGCCAAGCAUCCGCAGGACGACGAGGCCGAUGUGUGCCUGGGCAACUUGGGAGCCGAGAACGAGCAGAUUGUGACCAACGUGCUCUCCUACUUCAAGGAAGAGGCGACACGCAGCCGGCUCCUGUGCCCGCUGAAGAGGGUCUGCCGGCGCACGGCCCAGGCGACGGGCCUGAGCAAGAGCGCCGUCGUGGGCGCUCUCGGAGAUCGGGGCCCGUCGCUCACGCCCGAGCUGGAGUCCGACGACGCCGCCGGGCUGCACAGACUCGCCGGCGACGCGGCGGGCCUGUGCGCCCUGCGCCGACAGAUCCUGUUCCACUGCGCCAACUACGGCAAGCCGCCCUCGUUGAGGGUGGUGUGCGACAUGAUCCGCGAGCAGUGCAACGCGUCGUGCACGCGAAGCGCGGCCGUCACGCUGCUGGAUCGGCUGGGGUUCAGGCUCCGGAGGCUGCCCGGCAGCAACGCGAGGCUCCUGCUCGAGGACUCCCAGCAGGCUGCAGCGCGGGUGGGCUUCCUGCGCAAGCUGCGCGAGUUCCGGACGGAGGGCCGGGAGGUGGUGUACCUGGCGAGCAGGCAGCUGCCCCAGCGGGGUGCCGGGGGGGGCCUGCUCCUGGUGCACGCGGGCCACCUGGCCCAGCUGCUGCCCCUGCGGGACAUGCUGCGGGCGCACGGGCCCCCCGGGGCGGCCGUGUCCCAGGAGGACCUGCGCUGCUGGCUCGUGCGCAAGCUCGGCCCCUUCCUGCCCAAGGAGAGCGCGGUCGUCGCCUUCCAGGUGCCCUUCUACCGGGUGCUGGCGGAAGGGGGCGGCGGCUUCUGGCUGGACAAGGUGCUGGAGGAGCAGGGCCACGCCGUGCUGCGGCCCCCGCCCCAGCUGCUGGACCUGAACCCCAUGGAGAACGUCUGGUGCACCCUGCACGAGCAGCUGGGGGACGUGGGGGGCGGGGCAGGGGCCCUGUCCCUGCUGGCGGAGCUGGCCGGGUCGGCCUCCCUGCACCUGGCCCUCAUGCGCACCUGGACCCAGAGCCUGGCAGACGUGCAGGAGGCCGAGGACGCCCUGCUCGAGUGCAGCCUCGAGGUGGACUCCAAGCUGGAAACCCUCCUGCUGACGGAAAAAGUCCCGGGCACCGAAUCGGACGACGCCAGCGACAUGGACACGGACUGCGACGAGCCCGAAGCGCCGCCCGCCAAUUGCGACGUUCCCGCCACGGCGUCGCCUCCCGCUGAUCCGACGGACGAGCACCCUCCGCAAGAGGGUGCCACCGUCCCUUCGGACGAGCCGGCCGCCGAUCCGCAGAGGAGCGCGGAGGCGGUGUCCCCGCCCGUCGAGGUUCCACCACCCAACGACACUCUGGCGAGGCUCGAAGACUUUGCCUGGAUCCACUCACACGUGGACCCCUCCGUGUGGAGCGACGUCACGCAACUCGUCUCGGAAGUGCGAGAGUUUCCCGGAUUGACUCAGUGACUCGGGCAAUCUGCUCGCAAGGAAGCGGCAACGGCGGAGUGCGCGAGUUUCCUCGAUGCUCGGUGAUACGACUAAUUAUCUCGAGGUGAAGCAGCUACAACGAAUCGCACCAUUUUGUCCGAUACUUUGGCGACGCGAGCGAUUGUCUCGAGACAAAGCGGCUAAUGGCGCCAGAAUUUAGUUUUCUCUCGUGCCAGUUCGUAUCGAAUGCCACUUUAGUCGCACGCUCGACCGUGAUCGGGAAUCUGGUCGAGAGAUGAUCCGGACGCGAUUGAAAAAUUAUUGUCCCAUAUACUCGCAGCAAUUCGCUAACUCUCUGCAAACGGGCUUCUCUGACACUGUCGUUUAACAUUUGGUGCCGACAUGCAACUGCAGCCAAAGAGGCUGACGUACAAUACUGAGCAAAAUUUUUUAUAUCGACGACUGCUGGCAGAAAUGUUUUUAACACGUCGGUCGUUUCUCCUACCACAUUGGUGCGUAGCAGCGAAGCACAUUUGCGCCUACGCGAAGCGGCGAUGCUCGAUGCCAGAGCGCCGGUGUAAAGCAGUGAAGCACGAUGCGAGAAACCCGAGAAUUCUGAAGAUGUUCAUAAUUUUUGAAUAUUUGAAUAGUUCAAGCAGUAAAAGUGUGCCGUGAAUUGAAUUGAACAACAAACACUGUUAGCGAAUUAUGCUAAGUUUUGAACAUUUAUGCACCUCUGCAAAGUUGUCAUCCGAAUCUGUCAAAUGUCAGGCCAACUGCUACGGUGCCGCGACUUUUUAUGCGGUACUGUUACCUCAACACAAUCAUUCACCGGGCUCUUUCCGCUAAUUACGGCGGUUGGCUAUACACCCGCCCGUUACGAAGCGGUAUAAAAAUAAUGCGUGUAGUGUUUAAAAACUGCAAAAGGUCUGUUUCAUGCUUUUCUCACUAUGAGGCACUCCAGAGGUUAGUUAACUGGACGACGCAAUGGUGCGAUGCCCUUCGACAGAGUAGUCAACCAUCGUUGCUUCGAUCUCCCGAAGUGCACGCUGCUGAUGAGUGAGUGGGAUGACCUGUGCUGCCAUACAUUUCCCGUACGACAAACUUGCAAACAAGAAUACUUCGUUGGACCCGAAGAGGGCGAAGCUGGGCUCUGCAUUUACUGCUGCGCCCGGAACCAGAGAAGGGUAUCGUGGAGGGCCGAGAAAUUCUGGCAGCUCUUCAAAGCUGCGCAAGACAGCUUUGUCUGGGUAGCUAGGUUGCAGUGCUAGAUUUUCUAUGCCUGGGGCACAAGUUGGAGAAGAGUCCAGGUGUGGCACUUAUUGCCCAGCUUGCGCCUUUCUAUGCGACAUAAAAAAUCCAUUUACUUGUAUUUUGUUUCACAAUAACUUGACCAAUUGUGGAGGUUACAGGCUCCACGACCCAAUAAGAGCGUCAAAGUGAGGCACGCGACACCAAAUCACGGACCUUGCUGUCGCCGUGCCUCUGCACUGAGGAAUCGGCUGUCGUCUCCUGCGAAACCGACCAACUUCGGAUGAACGUCCACCGCCGCAACAUUGCAGUCCGCUAGAGUAGCGAGCUCUUCGAUAACAGCUCGCGAGACAACCUAGAGCCACUACAUAAGCUACGCUGCGGCGUAACGACACUUUAGCAGUCUUGGGGCUUAAAAUCAUGGUUGCCAGUUAUCUUAAGCUGUAUCUGAAAUGGUAGGAAAUGCUUUUCUGUACUCCAGAAACAUUGAAACAGUUCGCGACAGAGCAAAAGAAUAUCACCCGAGCUUCCUAACACCGCACCGAAAGCAGAGGAAGUCGCAUUUUUUUAAUUGUGACGAUCGACUGGCAUCCGUUCUGCACUCAGCACCAAGAUGGCGGCGUCCACUAGCACAGUGACAUUCCAGGCAUAGAGUUAUUCUAAUGUAUGCUAGAGGUUCACCUGGCGCUAGUGUGCUGCGGCAAAUUGAAGCAGACAGCAACCAGUCGAAAAUUGACUUUUGGUAAUGCAUUUUUAUGGGAAAAAGAGUGCAUUUUCUCCCCUCGCUCGAUUAUAAGAGCAAAUAUCACAAAUAAUUCGUACCCACUAGGCAGUUUGGAACAUUUCUCAGUCUCGCAGAUGAAAUAAUUGGCCAGUUACGGCUUUCUUAUUCCGAAUUCAUGGCAUUAAAAGCUGCUAAAACCGCUUCGUACAUGUAUUUAUGUGCACUGUCGGGCACUGUUAGCUGAACACGGCGUCUGCGCUUUCCAGCAUGGGGGAUAUACGUGCCAAACGAACGAAGGACAAAUGGAAAACCAAGGGACAUGGCAAGAACUAUGCAGCAACACUGGAUAAGUAACUCCUUGUGCAUGCAGACGAUCAAAACAAAUUGAAAGCAACGUAAUAUAUUUCAAUUUGCAAUAAACAAGUACUCCUUUA